AUGACUCCGGUACCUCCUCGCGUGCCACUGCCCGAGAAGCAGACGGAGAUGCCCCCGGGACCUAUGCCACCGCCGGAGACGGUCCCGGCACGGCGGCUGACUGCAGGCGAGGUUUUGGACCAGAUGAACGAGAAGGUUCAGACCUCAGAGCCGAAGGCCAGAGGGCCGGAGGGCCGCGGAGCGCGGCCAGAGAGGCCUUCGCAGCAGCGAAGGGAGACUGGGCGGUCGUUUGAGCGCUUGGCAGACAAGCUGAACGACAAGACGGAGGCUCUCGCGACAUGCCAGGCCGAGCUCAACCUUUGCCAGCUCAACAUGGACGAUGCUGUGGCAAAGCGGCAAGCCCUGGAGACAAGAUUCGCGGAGCUGCAGCAGAACUACGACAACCUGACCGCCCAGCACCAGGCGACGCUGCAGGCUAUGCAGCCGAUGGUCUCCAGCAAGCAGGAGUCGCAGUCGUGGCAGGCUGCUUGGUGCACUGCAGAGGAAGGGCGUAUGAAGCUGCAGAGACAGCUCGAAGAGCAGAGCUCCAAGCACGCCAGUCAACUGGAGACCAUGAUGCGAGAGGUGAAGGAGAACGCGGAAGACAGGAGGGCUGGGCUGAUCAGGACACACGUCCAGCAAUUGAAGGAGAAGGACGUGCGCAUCACCGAACUGAUGGAGGAAAACAUGCAGCUGAACGAGUUGCUGAAGAACAAGGUCUCCCCAGCCGCAAAAGAGCCGAAGAAGAAGCAGGAGCCGAAGCAGACCAAGGCCAUAUCCAAAGAUGUGACCUUGGAGGAGUUGAUUCAGGCCUCGAUCGGGACAGGCCUCUUCGCGGGCCAGAUGCAGGGCUCGAGCGCGGAGCCCGGCGCCUUCGAGUCGAGCGCGGAGCCCUUCUGUGGCGCCUUCGAUGGUCCCGACGGUAGCUUCGUGGGCGAUCCGACAGUCUUGGUGGAGCAGGCGACGAAGCAGAUGGAAGAAGUCAGGGCGAAGCAGUUCAUCUUCAACCUCUCUGUCAACUUGGAGGCGGUGGACAUGGUCCUGGCCGAUUCCAUCGUCCCCGUCCUCCGCUGCCGCGCCGAGCUGCCGAAGCCCGGUCUGGUCAUGUACAAGCAGAAGGAGCCCAACAUCUUGACGAACCACAUCCAAGACUUCACCCUGGAGUUGCAGUCGCUGAAUCCCCAAAGCGGGGUCUGGGAGCCCUUCCUCGAGCAUUUUCGCAUGGGCCUGGAAGUGGAGCGGCACAUGCAUGGAGAAGACCGGGACAUCAAUGUGAUCGUCUCGGGCCACGAGCCGGUGUUGAUCAACGUGACACCCUCCUUGGUAAAGAAGCUGAAGUACAUCACUCCGCUCUUCAUCGAGAGUGUUACAUCUUCGGACCUCUUGGGAGCGGGUGAGGAGGAACGCGAGGGCGAAGAGGGUCAUGGAGCACGCGUUGUCCACGCUCAUGCAGAGCAGCACCAAGACCACCACGAUCCGCAUCACCACCAUCAGCACCAUCAUCAUCAUCACCACGACGGGCACCACGAUGCGAAGACUGCCAAGGGCAUCAAGUAUCGUGUUGUAAACUUGUUCGGCUCUGCCAUCAAGCUCCACUUCCGCUCGAGGUAUACCAAGAAUGUCAUGGCUCUGGUGAAGCCGAGUGGAUCUGAUUGGAGGUCGUUGGAUGAAUGGGUGCUCCCGCACUUCGCCACAGCGGUGACGGCACAGGUCUCGGACCGUUCGCAUCCUCAUGGAAAGGACGACAAGAAGUCUCCCAAGUCAGAGUGGCUCUCCCUUGAGCGCUCCGGUGCGGUGACCAUCCCUGCCGUCGGAUGCGUCGCAGAAAUGCUGUCGCCCAGCCCGUCGCACAAGCUGAUCCUCCUAGGGGCACCACUGCGUGUGCACAACCAGACGGACCUAACAUUGGUGGUGAGGUUCCACGAUGCGCAGAAAAGAGCAGUGAUCCCUGUCGAUCUGCGGUCCAGCAGUGCCUGCGAAGCCUCGCUUCUGGGUUCGUCGCACUCCUGUGACCGUGGCACGAGCAUCUUCUCAGGUCGCAUUAGGCAGCUCCCAGAGACUUCUCUGGGCGAGCUGCUGCUCCCGCCUCACACAAUCUGUAGUGUACCCGCUGCGGCACUGGUGCAGACGCAGCAGGCCGAGCUGACAAGCACCCGCACCUUUCUCAGCGUGAGGCCGGCUGGGCUUGAGCUGCACUUCUGUGCACCCGUCGAGGCUGGCGUUGGCGUGAAGACCUGUUCACUCUUCUGCCGUGGGCCAGAAGCUCCCUCAGGGAGUCCCUCCUCCAAGCGCGUCUGCCGCACUUCGGGCGUCCACUUCCUCUGCCAAUCCACAUCACACGUGCACCCACUGCCUUCCCCAACAGCCGUUACCACCAUCGCCAUCCAGCCGACACUGGCCAUCCUCAACGCCCUGCCACUAGGAUGCCUGGGUCUGCGCUACACCACGAAGCCAGAGGAGAACAAGUACCUGGAGGCCACCGAGGCUACAGUGCAGAGCUUCUCCCGGCGACACAUCUACAGCUUCCCAGGUGUGCGGCGGGAGGGCCUGGCCAUAAUCGCAAGGCUGGAUGCUUCAGCACCGUGGUCUGCCCCGGCAAAAUUCUCCUGGGAUGCCUUCAACAAGGAGGCUGCCGACGGGGGGCAGUUCUUACAGCUGCGCCAGGAGAGUGGUGGAGCCGGUGCCGGUGUGUUCUUCGAGCCAAUGAGUCACUACGAAAUCCGAGUGACAUGUCCGAACUGGCUGGUGGAUCGUUCUGGGGUGCCUGCCCCGAUGAAGCUGGCGAUCCACUACCAAGGCAAGCCCCUUCCCUCUGCCAACGGCCUCACUCUGCUGCACUCGGAAUGUUUGGAGGAGAGCUGUGAGUUUGUCAUGGCGACCCCCUCUGGUGGGACCAGCGAACUGAAGGUCCGGGUUCCGCCCAACUUCUCCGUGCUGCCCUGGAAAUCGCUUCUGGGGGAUCAGGUCUUCUGCUUGCAGGCGGAGGAUGUGACCCCCGAAGACGUACAUGGAGCCCAGUGCCAGGCAUUGGUGUUCCGUCCGCGGCUGGUGCUGACGAAUGCCUCCGACGAGGGCCUGGAGCUGGACCUCAAACGAGGGGUCGUCGGUACGCCUUUGCCAGCGCGGCAGUCCACAGUCUACCACUGGCCAGUCUCGGGCGACCACACCGACGCUCCGAACUGCACUGUGCGAUUCCGGCCAACUGCGUUGGCGACUUCGGGCUCCUGGUCUGGCAAAGUGAUUUGUGGCGAUGCCACUGCACGUGGCGCCGCUUUCGCAAUUGCAACAGGUCAAGCAUCCCUGCCGAAGCAGGCAGGCAAGCAAACAGCCGAGAUGUGGACCGUCGAGGUGUCACCCACCCGCGGCGCGGUGGCCGUGACCUUCAAAAAGUCUUCGGACUUCGUGGCCAUCAACCGCUCUGCACGCCUGGGCGUCUGCAUGGAAGUGCGACCCAAGGGCUUGGAGGCAUGCCUGAGCAACUUCGUGGUGCGGGCAGGGGAAGAGGUGCAGUACGGUUGGUCGGAACCGCACGAGGAAGGGACGAAUAGCCACAGUGUCGACAUCAUCUUGAAAACGAGGAAAGGACACAGAGAAGAAGUGACGCAACAUGAGGUCCGUGAUGUCCGACGCACGGAACACUUCGUCUUCCCCGAGCUUGGCCUCACUUUGCUUCUGGGACAGACAGGGACUGGCUCAGUGCUGAGUCUGGAAGACCUCAAGGAGGUGCGCCGCUCUGGGCAAGAAAGCGUGUCCAACAAAGGCACGACGAAUCCCGGGCAAGGCUCGACGACCCACCUCGAGGUUAAGAUCAGCAAAGCGGGCAUCUCCAUCAUCGAGGAGAAGCCUCCCCCAGGCCAACCGGAAUCUGUGUGA